UGCCGCGAGCAGAACGUUCGAACACCAAACUACCAGGUCAUAUCCGAUCGCAGAGGUGGUCGCACGGCGUGGAGCUGUGUCGUGACGGUGCAAGGUGCCAACUUUCCCGCACGCUUCUGGUACGAUGGACAAUACGUCAACAACGCCCGUGAGGACGCCGCCGAGAAGGCUCUCCAGACCCUC